UGAGCAUGCCUGUCUCUCGUGUCCACGUCGUGCCCGGCCCCUCGAACGCAGCUCCCCCACUCUUUGCCGUCGGCCGCAACUACUUUGCCUUUGGCGUCAGCAUCAUCAUGCUCCUCAACAUCGCCAGCAUGCCCAUGAAGGCGUAUCUCUCCGAGCACCCGCCGUGGGCAGCACAGCCCCCGCCACCAACGUAUGCUAACGACUCGGACUUCAACAUAAAGACGCUGGCUCAUAUGCAAGCGGCGUACAACGCCUCGACGCUACCGGCGACAGCUCACUUUUUCGACGACAGCGCGCACAACACCCAAGUGAUGCGCUAUGUCCUCAUCCUGCUCCACAGUCCCAUUCUGGUAAACGAUUGCCGCGACCGAUUUCUUGUUGGUCUGCCGAGCGUCCUCUUCUACGGCGCUGGCAUCCGCAGUGUUCUCUGUGCCUUUGCCGCCGCCAAUCACUCGUCGCCCAGUGAUGGGACGUGGGACCGCCGCGGUGCGUGCAUGUACAUUACGUAUUUUUCAAUGGCCAUCGGGCAUCAGUGCGUCUGGCUUCGCGCCGGGAACGAGCUCGACGGCAGCAGCACCAGUAGCCAUGACACAUACACUCUGGUGGCGGCCCAUACUGUGUACACGUAUUACGCGUUCCACUCGCUCAAGUUUGUCUACCGCAUUGGCAUCUCACUGCUGACGCUCCACCUCAUGUGGACCAAUUUCUAUGUGCACUGUCGGCAGGUUGAGACGCUACUGCGUCGACGUGGUCACCGAGCCAAUCUCUGCGCUCAGAGUCAUUGGCGCUAUGAAGUGCUCUACGGCGAUCCGACCGCGAUCAUCCUCAUGCACCCCGGCGUCGCCACGGCCUUCUUCGUGGACUGUUGGCUCAGCGCCGAGGUUAUCUCUCUUGUCAUACCCCGCGCGUCGCAAAGUGCCGAUGUCGACGUGAUGCUCCUCGCGUUCAUGUAUCUCUCUCGGACCGUCUGGUUUGCUUACGCUACCGUGUGUUUGACUGCGAGUUAUCUCAAGCGACAUCACAAGGAGCACCUGUUUUACGAAGUAGACCCGACCAUUAUCGCGGUGGCGACGACCUUCUAUGGUCCUGCUGUCACAUGGGCGAUGGGCCAUAUGGGGCCUCUUCUGGCAGCGUACCACUACCUCUUUGAGUUUACCCUUUCGGCGUCGAGAAGAGAGUACGUCGUUGAAGGAUCUGUCCCGUCCAUGCUCUAUUCAAUCAGUAUUGGGUUCAUUCCGCUCGUCUAUGGCUUUGUGGGCGCGUUGUGCCGCCGCCACCGAUCUCGGCGCGUACUCUCGAGCGUCGCGUCCUUGUACGGCAGCUUUCGCUACAACGGUAUCAAGACCCAAGCGAUGUUCACCGUGCUCCAGUGGAUGCACCCUGACAAGAAGAUGACGGUUCCGGAGACCGGUGGCACGGUCUAUGGCCUCUUUCGUCGAAACGCGCGCUACAAACGGUCGCCAACGAUUAGUUUUCGGAGCGCCGACUGCUUUGUCUACUGCUACAAGGACAAUGUGCUCGUCGAGCGCAUUCGCUUGACCCUACUGGAGAGCCUCGACUGCAAUGAAUCAACACCAACACUGGCCAUUCGGAAUACCAAGACCGCCCCGCAGUACUCGUUCAACCAGCUCGUGGAUGUGGCACCACCAGCCAUCGUACGCGCCCCAAAACCCUCCGAGUGGUGUCUCUAGGCUGUCAUUAUGGACUCGUCAAACCAACAAAUUCUCGUGUUUCUACUGUUGGAGA